ACAGCGGAUACUCCGAGGUAACAGUAGCCGGGAUGUACAGUAUGUUGUCGGGAGAAGAAAGCGUCUGCGUGUCAGGAUGGAUGAAGGAGGUUUCGAGGUGGAAGUCUCGGGUGGGAUACGGGUGAAUCUCUGAGGAGAAACCCACCCUGUAAUGGCCACUCUAACAUACGAACCAUUAUUGUCGUGAUUUAGUGGAGCGUCUGAUGUAAUACGACAGGGAAAUUGUAUGAUCUCAGACGGGUAGUUGUCAUUGUUGAUCGGGGGGAGGGGGCGUGUGGUCUAGCUGUGUGCACCACUGUUUCCUCCUCUAUUGUUCGACAAACAGAACCCUCCGUUCUCUGAGCAGAUGGCGGUCUCUACACGCAAAACUAACCCGGCAUUUAAACAGGAUCGACGCUCAUGAAUAAUAAAGCCGACACCCCGAGCGGAAUGUUUUCAGGCAAAUUUGCGUAAAGUCGCUUACCGUACAUAAUUAGCCGUGGCAUAUGUUGUUGAAAAUCAUGCAGUCCGGGCGAUUUUCCUAACAGCGUAUUCCGAAGGUAUUGGCGUGGAUCUUAAUAAUAUCGCAUUUGGAGAAUUUCUAUCGGCCUAUUAGUAACGCCUUUUGGCCACUCUGCCCUAAGUCCUUCGCUGGCUUGCUGCAUUCUAGAAAAGCCGACGCGUCCCAGUUGCUCGGGUUUUACACUAGCAUCUGCUGCAGGAUAUGCAUUUUGUCAAAUCCCAUUUACCGUGGGCUAACAUCAUAAAUUAAGUAAUUAGAUUCAUCAGAUAAUAACCAAUCAGGUGUGAAAAUUGGACGGUAGACACGCGAACAAACCGCCCUAUGGGAUACAUUCGCCAUGCCUGACUGGUCCAUCCAUUUGUGUUUCGGCACGACUUCAUAAACAUAUCACAAGCCGGCAGCCACACUACUCCGUACAGGUCACAGGCUCCGUUCAACCGAUCGCCAGACGGGCGCAAACCACGGGCGCGUGGCCUGCAUUACCCUCCCCACGCCGACUACUAAGAGGGCAGCGCAUGGGGCAGACAAUGGAUGAAGGGAGAGAAAUCCGAGGCCAGACCAUGACAGACGAGAGGGACUCCACCGAGCUGCUGACGGGUGUCUGGACGACGACUGACAUCCCGCCCAGAACCGUAUUCGGCCCGUAUGUAUCCGGCACGGACGACGUGGAUCCGGCGGUGCUCAUCGGGAUAAGGACCAAGGACAAGAGGAUGGUCUCAUACGCUUACAAGGUGGACCCUGGUUGUUGCCGAGAAGCAGGAGAAACCCUGAAGUGGCUCCGUCUGAUCCAGCCGGCCCGGGAUAGGCGGGAGCAGAACAUGGAGGCUUUCCAGCGGGCAGGCAAGGUGUACUUCCGGUCGGUGUGUCACAUCCGGCGGGACGAGGAGCUCCUGGUGUGGUACAGCGACGACUGGGCCGUCAAUAUCGGGAUCCCCGACAUACUACCCUCCUUCAUCGCUGGGGAAAAGAAUUAUCAGUGCCCCCACUGCUGCAAGAUGUUCCAGUUUCCUAAUCCUCUACGCGCCCACAUGCGUUACAAGUGUGAAAAGAGGCAGUCGGCGGCUGCGGCGACCAACUGCAAGGCAGGGACGGCGAUCUUCCCGUCAUCCACCGCGGCCAUACCCCCCAUGACGACCAAGCCCGUGACCGUGGACAUCGACCUGGCCGUGCGAACGGCGCGCAUGCUCAAGUCGGCUCCGGCCGGCGUGUCCAAGUCCGGACCCGGCUUCAGUUUCCACGACCUUCCCAAAAACAUGGAGGAGGCGAACGGCCUGGCCCACGGCAAGACAGGAGGAAAAACGGCUCCAACAAGUCCAGAGUCCUCCAGCCUGACUGAGAGCCUGUUGACUGUCCGAACCUCGCCCCCUCCGCGGACUUCUCGGAGUCCAGAGACUGUUUCCCGCCAUUCGCCUGGUGGCACAUCCGGGUCCCCACAACGUCAUGGCAACGAUAGCCCUAGUGAUGGCAGCAGAAAACGACCAAACGGUGAUUUCCCGUUCCAGUCCUCCCGCCAUAGCAAGGACAUGGCGAACGUCUCCUCCGCAAAGAGACCGCGUAGCGACAGCAGCGAUUCUUCCGACUCUCCCUUCAUCACCAACAAAUCUCCCGAAAGACAGACUUUCCAAGAAGAAACGACAAGUACCGGCGCCUCGAAACCUUACAGCCCUGAGAGUAGAAAAACUGACACCACCUCCUCGUCUUCACACAUUCUCCUUGGCAGACAAGUCUCCAACGACGGAGGGAGUCCCCUGACGCCUUCCAGCGACACUGACGAUGACGGCAAGAGCGCUUUCACAGAAGUCACUUCAUCCAAGUCGUCCAGCGUGGCUGCGAAGGAGAACCUCACACCACCUUUACCGGAGCACAGAAAGUCGGACUCAGAGUCGAGAGGCACUUCUAACAAGUUGAGCUCUACGUCCGGACGACUUCUGUCGUCUCUGGGCUCAAUCGGGCAAGUUUUGCCGGCGUCCAGCGGGGGGACAGCCAGUGCCUUCUCACAGCCGCUAAGGACAGCGGGAGGCCACCACGCAGUCAGCCCGUCCUACCCACCGGAGCUGAACCCCUUCAAAGUGACAAAUAUGGACUUCCCACUCGAAAUAAAAGCUCCCAUUGCCAACAUGGCUCCCAUCAACGCUAACCUCCCUCCCUCCAUGUACCUCCCCAGGGGAGACUUCGACGGCCCGGCGUUUUUGUCCGCAGCAGCAGAUAAACCUCCAGCCCCGAUGCUGUUUCCGGGGAUGGGCAAAAUCGAGCCGAGACCGUUUAUCCCCCGACCCCCCGUCAUACCUCACGUCCCCGUCCCCCCUCUCAUCUCCUCCCCUACCGCCGCUGUCACCUUUAACCUCCCCACCCAGAACUGGUGCGCCAAGUGCAACGCUUCCUUCCGCAUGACGAGCGAUCUGGUGUACCACAUGCGCUCGCACCACAAGGCCGAGGUGGACCCGACCAAGCGCAAGCGGGAGGAGAAGUUGCGCUGUGACGUGUGCGGGGAAUCCUUCCGAGAACGACACCAUCUGUCGCGCCACAUGACGUCACAUCAAUGACAAAGCAACCUGGGACAACAUCCGGGAACGUUGCCAAGAUAUCCCCCACAGAACAGCAGUAUGGGCCACGUUCAACUUGACGGCGAUCGCGCUGCAACCUCUCUGCGACCUAAAUUGCCUGAAUUGGAUUAUUUUAUAAUUGGAACAUUAUUCUAAGUGUCAACAUAUGACUGAAAACACAAGAAACAAACAAAGCGUUAUGUCGGAUUCACACGUGCGUCUUUAGUCAAGUCCGUAUGAGGUCCGUGUGGAAUUCUUAGCCUCUACCAGGCUUCACAUGUCGCCGUAAAAGUAGUAGAAAUUAAACAAAUAUAGACACAUAACAUUCCGGAGGAGUUAUCUGUCCGAGGGGUAUGGUUUGUGAUAAGCUAAAUCAGCUUGCAUGUUAUCUGGCUAUAUUUGUCCAAUUUAUUUUUUCUAGCAACCUGUGGAGCCUGGUAGGGGCUAAGACUUCCUUGCGGACCACAUACGGACUUAAAUAUAUACAAACGUGUGAACCCACCCUAAAAGAUAUCAUCUUUAUCUAUGAAAUCCGUUGAGCGAUUCGUCAGAAUUAAGGUCGCAGUGCGAUCGCAGCUCGAUCGCCACGGUAGUAGAAGGGGGUGUCACAGAAAACCAUUCAACACAGACACAGCCUCCAACUCAGAUGUCUUUAUAUCGGAGGAAGUUGCUACGACUCUAUAACACAUUGUUGUGAUGUAUCAUGUACUGUAGACUUGUACAAAGUGUUUAUCUCUCGUAUGAUUGUAAAAUAUCCUGGAUAUAAAAAUGCAAAUAUGUGGAAUCAUUGAUAUAUUAUGUGUUGCUCGGGCACCUUGCUGUGCGUCUGAUGACAGUAACGUUAACGUAAAGCAUAUUAUAUGACUUUGCCUGUCAAAAUGGAAAUAUAUAGGUAGAUAUAUCAGCACCCUCAGAGAGGUAGAAAAUGAAAGCCUGUUUAACCAUCUCACGCUUAUAUGUCAGUUUCUCUGUUUCUGCCGUCAGCUAGCUGUGCAUCAUGGUGAAAACGUUGUUAACAUUUACACAGACUUUAUAUGUCAGUUUUUUAUCUUGAAAAGGGCAACACUACUUGCUGGUCAUGAUAUGCUAUCACAAAGCUGUUACCGGUCCGACUUGCUGUAACAGUAGUAGUACAUAGGGCGCGGUCACAUAGGUCGUGCGAUCGUCGUACGAUGGCUAAGUUUGGUUGUCUUGGAGGACAAAAAUGUACGUC